AUGGCGGAUGACAAUGAGCACGAACGGCAUCCGCUCUUGGUCGGUGGGCAUGGCGAUGGCGAUGGCGAUGGCGACGAGGAGGAGGAGGAGGAGGAGAUGGAGGAGGAUCAGGAAGCGCUGCUCUUGCCGAGACAGUCAGAUGCACUGAUGGAGGAGGUGGGGGUGAGCCCUGUUCGGACUGAGUACAGUUCUCGUCGGGUGAGUCGAAGCAGUGCGGCAGGGAGCCUUGCCAUGGCACCGCCCCCGGCCUACGACGAACCAGCCUGGUGCAAUUCGCGACCUAUUGGGGCCGACGCAGAAGAGAUCGACGCCGUUUUACAAGAGACGCAUUUUAGCGAAGCUGCACCGCCUUCAUUUGCGGAGGCCACUCGUUCGCAACCUCGGGGUAUGGUAUCCAUUGACAUGACGGCCAUGAAUGCCCGAGAGCCCCUUGUCCACGGCCCGCGCAACAUUUUGCUGACUCGUCAAGGCGACAGCUUCGGGUUCACCCUCGGAGGCCAUGCUCCGACGUACAUUGUUGACGUCGAGCCCCUGGGCCCUGCGGCCCGUGUGGGUGUGACCAAAGGGGAUCAGAUUCUUGAGGUGAACGGGACCGACGUGCAUGGCGCAGACAUUCCCACUGUUUCCAUGCUGAUUCAACAAACGGACGAGCAGUUGGCCAUGAUUGUGGCCCAUCCGCCGCCUGCGCUGCACCAUUUACCGAUCGAGGAGGAGGAUGGGGAGGCAGCAGCCUGGUACUCAGCCUUGCGGGUGGUUCCCAAUGACGCGCGAGGCGUCGAUCCUCUUGCCCGACCCAAUAGCUUUAUGGGCCAGGCCCUUUGCUCCAUGUUUUUGUGUCCUUGUCUUGGGGCUUUGGCAGUGUGGCAUUCCCACCUGGUGCAAGCUGCAUGGGUGCGGCAGGCUCAUCAUGCCGCUCACGCCCACGCCAUUAUGGCCCGUCGUACAGCAUCUUCGGCCGUGUUUUACGGGCUCAUGAUGUGGAUGCUGUUUCUCUUCAUUUACUUUGACUCCCGCGCGCGUGCUGAUGCUGGCAAUGGUGAUGAUGAUGAUUGGUGGCAGAAUAACAGCACCAACCCUUCAGGCUGGCCCUGA